AUGCUCGCAAUUAGUACGACCACCUCUCUUGCUCUCGUGGAUCCUUCAACUCUUCGGCGCCCACCACUGUCACUUGGGUCUUCAUCUGAGCUUUCUUCUCCACCUACCUCGACCACCUGGUCGCCUGAUGGGUCUUCCUUGUUUAUAGCUGCCUCCAAUGUUAUUACACGGUAUCAUGCCACUGGCGAGCUCGUCAAGACCGUAUAUACUCACCUUCCUGCCGAGGGCUCACAUGAACUUAUUGCCAACCUGGUUGCCAAAGAUAAAGGAUCUCUCAUCUUCUCCGCAGGCAGCUCCGUGCAUUUUCUCGAGCACUCAUCAUCCGUCACUGCAACAUCCAAGAUUGCGCAAACGCUCAACUCCCCAUCCAACCCCGGUCACAUCAUAGGGCUGUCCCUGUCGAAUGACAAUACACUCCUUGCUGCAGCGUCCGCGAGCUCAGUCCUCAUCCACAAUCUCUCGCUCAGUUCACACACUAUAUUACGUGGUCUACCACUCUCUGAUGGACAGUCAGUAUCGACAUGCGUAUUUCAUCCGUACUCACGCAUCCGGCUCUUACUGGGGAUCGGGAGAGAGUUAGUGAUAUACGAUAUCACACGACCCUCGGGACCUGUGAGAACUAUCACCAUGAGUGAAGCUGCAACGGGCGAAAUCGUAGCUGUCGUUUGCAGCCCAUAUAGCAAGACGUUGCUUGCCGUUGCAUGCAGCGGAGGAUCUGUCAGCGUAGUGGACCUGGAUAAAGAGCAGGGGCGCAUUCGCUCGUUUAAUUAUAAGGUUCCCGUGACGUCCCUAGUGUUCUCACCCGAUGGCGCGACUCUAUAUAUCGGGAGUGAGGACGGUAAGUUGCUAGUGCAGACUUUGCGUACAAUGGAUGCGCCGAAAACGGUCACUAUUGGAGAGCACGGCCAUAAGAUCGAAGGGCUGGCCAUUUCCAAGAAGUCGAAGAGCACAGACCUUGCCAAAAUCACGGCCGCUGGCGUGAACAAACCACUCUCACAACAGGACGUCAACAGCCCACGCCGUUCUGUGGGCAAGUCAUCUUCCAUGGAUGAGACCAAGAAGAUGAAAAUUGAAGGGGCCACUUCGCCACCACCCAGGGGGUCCACACGGUCGAGAGUCACAUCUAUAGCUUCGCCUCUUUCGCCGACGACACCAGUCAGAAAGCGUGUAGCGUCUACUACAGCUGCCAUGGCCAAAAAAGCGUUUUCGCCUGUGAAAGAACUGUUUCAAGGCAAUUCAAGUGCGGAGAACAUCGCAUCCGUAAAUAGCGAGCCACUAGUCAUCGCAUCGCGUGAUGAGCGCACGGCUAGCCAGAAUCGCAAAGAAAAUGUAGUCAAGAAAUCGGAUAAGCAGCCCGAUACCAUACCUGAUGCAUCAAACCCUUCUUCACGAGUCUCUACACGUUCCAAAUCCUCCGCCGCUCACAAAGCCACCGUUACUGCAUCAGCGCCUGCGGGUAAUGUGGACAAGCCACCGCCGCGCAAACGCACUACGUCUAUGACUGCACGCCCUAGGACCAGUACUGAAGCAUCACCUACCAGUGGCGGCCUCCGCGCGCGGACCGUCUCCGCCCCAAAGAGUCCAUCGAGCCUGAUGAGCAAGAGUCCCGCCAGGACCCGCGCCGACUCUACUUCGGGACUAGAACCGCCUCGUACGAGAACAGCAUCCGUCACAUCGCGUACAUCACCAACGUCGGGUGCAGGCUCGGCGAAUGCGUCGCCCGUACAGGCGGGCAGAAGAAGUCGGACUACGUCCUUGGCCUCGCGGCCUGGUCCGGGCGGGAUCGUGCGCACGGGCUCUGGCUCUAAUUCUGGGAAACACUCGCGCACCGCGUCCGGCGUCUCGCGGGUAUCUGUGACGCGCGGCGGUUCGCCCAUCCCUCCUGUUCCCCAAAUUCCCGCAAAGGCGAUGGCUCAAGCAUGGAAAGAUUCUGGCUUGAGCGCGAGCGCAAGGGGCUCGGUCGUGCGCACGCCCUCCCCUACUCUGCCAGCGGCGUCGUCAUCGAAGGAGCCAUUCCCUGUCCGUGCCGGACAAUACAAGAAGAAAGGCUUGUCAAUGCUAGGCCUCGGCACGCCGGAGGUUGAGAAGUGGAUCAAAGGAGGGAAACAACGUGACAAACAACGAGAGGAGGAAAAGCGUGUCGAUUUCGUGGGGAGCGACGAGGGAGACCUGGUGAGCAUGGGAAAGGUGGAGGACGUGGAAUGGGGUGAUACGAACGCCGAGUUGCAAGCAAAGGAGCCGCUGAGGCGGACAAUGUCGAUGCAGCUCACGCCACGGCGCCCAGGCGCUACGUCGGUCCUGCCAUCACCCCUACGACACAGCGUGGCGGGAGGGUCGCCGGGCGCUGCUGGAAGCGCGCAGGGAAUAUUGCAUGCGUUGAUCAAAGACGCGAUGCUCGAUUUCAGGCAGGAGACGAAGACGGAUAUGGUCGGGUUGCAUCUCGAUCUGCUGCGAAUGGGCCGCUCUUGGCGGCAGGAGAUGCGAGCCACUAUGGAUGAGUAUGUCGGAGAUCUGAAGGAGUUGAGAGAUGAGAACAAGCGGUUGCGAGACGAGAACGAGCGAUUGAGGAGAGGAUAUUGAUUCAACAGGACUCCCUUUUUUAUUUUGUGACCGCUGUACAUCUGCUAUCUAUGUCAGUAAGUUAUGCAAGUUCUCUUCGCCUG